AUGUGCGAAAAGGCGGCAACAAACGAGAUCAUCGACAUACUCCUUAAUGCACUUCCAGACACCAACUAUUGGGUCCCCUACAAUACGUCUUGGCGUCCGGCUGCAAUACGUGAAAAGGCAGCAACAAGUGAUGUCAUUAACGGCCUAGUUGCGACACUUUGCCACAGCAGUUCAGAUGUCAGGUGCGAGGCAUCUGACAACAUUGGUAAGAUUGGUGAAAAAACAGCAACGCGUAACGUCCUUCAUGCAUUGAUAACCGCACUUGGAAACAGCAACCGUGAGGUCAGGAGAAGUGCAUGUGAAGCUCUUGGUAACAUGGGUGAAAAAGCAGCAACAAGUGACGCCAUUAACGGACUAAUUGCUGCACUUGGAGACACUGAUGAUAAUGUCAGGUGCUUGGCAUCUGAAGCUUUUGGUAAGAUGGGUGAAAAAGCAGCAACGAGUAAGGUCCUUCAUGGAUUGAUAACUGCACUUGGAAACAACAAUUGUGAUGUCAGGAAAAGCGCAUGUAAAGCUCUUGGUGAGAUGCGUGAGAAGGCAGCAACAACAGAGGUCCUUGAUAAGCUCAUUAUUGCACUUGAAGACGCCGAUGUCAAUGUCAGAUACAGUGCAUCCAAAGCACUUGGUAAGAUGGGUGAGAAGGCAGCAACCAGUGAGGUCAUUAAUGCUCUAAUCAAUGCACUUGGAGACAGGAUUUUGUGUGUCACAUUUGCUGCAUCCGACGCACUUGGUAAGAUGGGUGAGAAGGCAGCAACAAGUGAGGUCCUUAAUAAGCUCAUUAUUGCACUCGGAGACACCGAUGUCAAUGUCAGAUGCAGUGCAUCCGAAGCACUUGGUAAGAUGGGUGAGAAGGCAGCAACAAGUGAGGUCCUUAAUAAGCUCAUUAUUGCACUCGGAGACACCGAUGCCAAUGUCAGAUUCACUGCAUCUGAAGCACUUCGUAAGAUGGGUGAGAAGGCAGCAACAAGUGAAGUCAUUAAUGGACUAAUUAAUGCGCUUGGGGACACGGCUUGGGGUGUCAGAUUCACUGCAUCUGAAGCACUUGGUAAAAUGGGCGAGAAGGCAGCAACAAGUGAGGUUAUUAAUGGACUAAUUAAUGCACUUAAGGACAGCGAAGAGUGUAUCAGGUGCAUCGCUUGUCAAGUCCUUGGUGAAAUGGGUGAAAAGGCAGCAACAAAUGAGGCCAUAAAUGGGCUAAUUAUUGCACUUGGGGACACGGAUUCGGGUGUCAGAUUCACUGCAUCUGAAGCACUUGAUAAGAUGGGUGAGAAGGUAGCAACAUGUGAGGUCAUUAAUGGACUAAUUAUUGCACUUAAAGACAGCGAAAAGCGUAUCAGGUGGACCGCUUGCCAAGUCCUUGGUGAAAUGGGUGAAAAGGCAGCAACAAAUGAGGGCAUAAAUGGACUAAUUAUUACACUUCAGGACAGCGAUCCCGCUGUCAGGUGGAAAGCGUGUGAAGCUCUUGGUAAGAUGGGUGAAAAGGUAGCAACAAGUGGGGUCAUCCGUGAGCUCAUUAGAGUACUUAGAGACAGCAAUUAUGAUAUCAGACGGAAAGCAAGUAAAGUUCUCGAUAAGAUGGGUGAAAAGGUAGCAACAAUUGGGAUCAUCAAUGAACUCAUUAGAGUACCUCGAGACAGCAAUUAUGAUAUCAGACGACAAGCAAUUAGAGCUCUGGGCAACAUGGGUGAGAAGGCAGCAACAACUGAGGUUAUUGAUCUACUAAUUAGUGCACUUGGAGACAGCCAAAUGGGUGUGCGUAAGAGGGCGUGUGAAGCUCUUGGUAAGAUGGGUGAGAAGGCAGUAACAAAUGAGACCAUAAAUGGACUAAUUAUUGCACUUCAGGACAGGGAUUUCGGUGUCACGGAGAAAGCAUGUGAAGCUGUUGGUAAGAUGGGUGAAAGAGCAGCUACAACUGAGGUUAUUGAUCGACUAAUUAGUGCACUUGGACAUUGGAAUUCGCGUGUUUCAAUGAGAGCACGUGAAGCUCUUGGUAUGAUGGGUGAAAAGGCAGCAACAAAUGAGGUCAUCAAUCGACUAAUUGUUAGACUUGAUGACAGCAAUAAUGAUGUCAGGCUAAAUGCAUGCGAAGCUCUUGGUAACAUGGGUAAAGAGGUAGCAGUAAAUAAGGUCAUUAAUCGACUAAUUAAUAGAGUUCGGGAUAGCAAUGACGAUGUCAGGCAAAGGGCAUGCCUAGCUCUUGGUAGGAUGGGUGAAAAGGCAGCAAUAAGUGAGGCCAUUAAUCAAUUAAUUGUUGCACUUGGGGACAGCAAUUAUGCUAUCAGAUGGAGUGCAUGCGAAGCCCUUGGUGGUAUGGGUGAUACUGUAGCAACAAGUGAGGUCAUUAGUAGACUCAUAAGUGGACUUCUAGACGGCAACGAUAAAGUGAGCAGUAGUGCACGUUGCGCUCUGAUUAAUAUGGGUGAGAAGGUAGAACCGAGUCAGGUGAUUAAUCGACUAAUUACUGCAUUGGGGGACGGUAAUGAUAUUGUCAGGUUGAGGGCGUGUAAGGCUUUCUGUAUGACAGACAAAUGGUGUGGAAUAGUGGAGGCCAUUAACGGGCUUAUUUUUGCACUUCAUGACAGCAACCAGGAUGUGAGGAUUAGUGCUUGUACAGGUUUGGGUAUGAUUGUUGAAAAGGCAGCAACAAGUGACGUCAUUAAUCGACUAAUUAGUAUCGUUGAAGACAGCAAUGAUAAUGUCAGGCGAAGUGCAUGUGAAGCUCUGGGUAAGAUGGGUGAUAAAGCAGCAACAAGUGAGGUCAUUAAUCGACUAAUUAGUAUGGUUGAAGACAGCAAUGAUGAUGUCAGGCGAAGUGCAUGUGAAGCUCUGGGUAAGAUGGGCGAAAAAGCAGCAACAAGUGAAGUGAUUCAUCGAUUAAUUAGUGUACUUGAAGACAGCAAUGAUAGUGUCAGGCGAAGUGCAUGUGAAGCUCUGGGUAAGAUGGGUGAAAAAGCAGCAACAGGUGAAGUGAUUCAUCGAUUAAUCAUUACACUUGAAGAGAGAAAGUAUGAUAUCGGGAAAGAGGCGGAGAAAGCCUUAGAUAAACUGUUGAGUAUGGUCUUGUCGCAAAGAAGAGAAUCACAGCAAGAGAUUGUGAUGAGGAAUGAAUGUAUGAAGGAUGAGGCUGAGGCUGAGGGAAGGUUGGAUGCAUCUAAGAAGUUGCUACAAGUGUUUGUGGAAUUCGAAGACUUCGUUUUAUUUUCUGAUUUGUUUUUCUACAUGCUUAUGGAAGAUAAUGCAAUUGUGGUCACAGAGAAUAGUAUAGUCAUGUAUGGGAAAGCUGGUGCAUUGAAAUUUCCUGUGACAAGUCGAAAAAUUGUUGAAAAAUUCGUGAGAGACUUUAGUUUUCAAUAACAAUGACGGUCGUGAUAAUGUAGAUUUGAGCGAAAAACUAGAUAGGAGAAAAAGACCUUGUAGUAGUUAAUAGGAGUUUUGUACUGUUUAGUUAAUACUGAAGGAUAAGAACGUGGAGAGAAUCUCACCCCGGACGUGUUGGAGCCGUAUUGUGUCAUGAAGAAAGCUAACUUUUUUAUUCUCGAGUUCCAUAAGACAUGAAGUCUCAUGGUAUUUCGCAGAUAUAUUUUUCUUCAGUCACUGAAGAUGCUUUGGGACCUUUGAUUGAUUAUAACUAUCUCUAGAAAAACUUUCAUUUCUGAUUCAAUUUAUGUAUAUAUUCACUGUUAGAGUCAGGUGCGCUUAUUAGUUAUAUCAGUACGUGUAGUGCUCAAAGCCUUCUGGAAUAGAUGAAAAAAUAUUGCCCGUUAGUGUUGUGUUGGAGCCUAAAACAAUUUGUCAUAGAUGUAUUUUAUCAGCUAAUUAUUGUAAGUUCAUGAAAAAGAGAAUGACAGUAUCAAAUACACAACGCGUGUAAAUGUGAACUAUUAGAGCUAUUUGUUAGCAAUAUCGACCAAGGAAACAAGAAUUAUAGUCUAAGAAAUCAGUGUUCUGCUCGGUCGCCGCAAAACUUAGUAUGUUAGAUUAUUGUAGUUGAAAACUGAAAGCAAGAUUGCAAAUUGGGCGGCACAGAUUAUCUGUAAUACUUUACAACAUAGUGAAUUCCUAAUGUAGCAAGCAGCUGAUUCAAUUUUGUUGAGAGUUCUUCCGAAAUAUUUUUGUAAGUCUUACCAAUUUCAAUCGGAAGCUCAGCAUCGUGUUCAGCAAAUAAAAUAAACCGUUUCUUCGUUUUUAAACUUGCUGUAAGUUUUGAUAUGGCUGUUUUAUAGUUCUUCAUUGGUUUCGAUAAAUUCAACUAGUUAUCCACUGAAUCAUAGAAAUGAAUCUCCCAGCUGGCAAUCGAGAAAUGUUUUGUAUGUUAGAAAGAAGGCUGUAAACUUAUUUGAUGUGCUGAACAGAAACAUGAACUUAGUUUUCAUCGAAGCCGUUAACACUUCUGAGAAAGUGCUCCAGAGCACCGCUGGAAAACCACAAAGUGAAUCGGAAUUUCGGAUCACUUCGAGUCUUCUGGCAAGAAGUUUGGAGUCUAUAGAUUUUUGGGAUCUAGAGAAAAUUAGAUUCUGAAGCAAUAAUUUACAUUCUUACAACUAGCCAUUACUAGGAGAAACUUUCUUUUCUUUCAUGUGAUAUCAGAAUCAUCAAUGGAGACAUGUUGUUUGACAAUUAAUAUAGAACCAUAAAAACAUCUGAAAAAGUUAUUUUUUCUUCUUUAUUAAAAUCCUUUGAAUAAUUAGCAUUCGGAUAUUCGUAAUCAUUUCACUAGGAUCUAUCAGUGAAUGAAUAUCUCAACGAAAUCCAAGGGAAAAGUUUUUAAAAGAUCCCGAUGGAAUAUCAAAGGUUCGGAAAAUCCUUCGAUUAGGCAUACAAAAACUAAUUUGUGAAGUACCAUUAGACAGUAUGUCUUACUGAAAAUUUAUAAAGAAAAAGCAAAUUUUAUUGAAGAGGAUAAUCACCGCUUCUACAUCAGUUUUUGUUUUUCCCCUACUCAAUAGACUGCAUCAGACAGGAUGGUUUACUCUGACAAUUCCGUAAACUUGGAGCUGCAGAUUAUUAGAUAUUGACUUCACUCAAGGAGGAAGGAGCAAUACUUCAUCUACUUCCGAAGUAUUUUGAAGUACGAUGGAAGUAGAAGGAAGUAUCAUGGAAGUACGAAGAAGUGUCAAGGAAGUACGAAGAAGUAUUAGGAAGUAUUAGGAAGUAUCGGGAAAGUAAGAGGAAGUAUCAUGGAAGUACGAAGAAGUAUCAUCGAAGUACAAUCGAAGUACCAAGAAGUAUAAGGAGAUGACAACCAAAGUACAAGUGAAAUGCCGAAAAUCGUAUGAGAGUUUGCGUUUAGGUUUGGAUUUGCGUUAGUUAUGUCAUCCCUAAUUCUUUUACUAAAAAUGAUAUUUUUUGGGAAAAUAAUGAUUUUUUAUAAGGCUUAAUCGAAGGUAACUGGGGUUCAGGAAUUCAAAUCUGAAGUCAGUUUAUCAAAAUUUCGAACUUGGUUCUUUUGACUAAAUAAAGAGUUUUUUGAGAAAAUAAUGAUUCUUUUAUAAGGCUUAACCGAAGAUAAUCGGGAUCGAGGGAUCCGAAUCUGAAGUCAGCUUAUCAAAAUUUUGAAUUCGAGUCUCUUGACUAAUAAAUAAGUUUUGUUGAGAAAGUAAUGAUUUUUUAUAAGGCUUAACCGAAGGUAAUCGGAAUCAGGAAAUCGGAAUCUGCACUCAAGUUCUAAAAUAUUUUAUACUUGGUUUCCUAAUCAAGUAAACUCAUUCUACUCACUGAGGUCGAACUUUACAAGAAAUCGUUAUUUUCUCAAACAACCUUUUGUUUACUCAAAAAUAUCUACUUCAGAAGUUUUGAGAGCGUGAUUUCAAAUUCGGAUGCACCAAACUCGAUUACCUUCUGACAAAGCUUGCAAAAAAAUUGUUUUUUUUCUCAAAAAAUCUUUUUGAACUAGAGAAAUUACGGCUGAUAUACGUAGUCCAAAUCGAAACCUACCCUCAAAAUCCCAAACGGUUUAGGUUUCAUACAUGCCGAAGUACAAGAGAAGUACAGUUGUUGUAUGCACACUAGAAGUCUCGCUUUUCCAUCCUUAUACAUAAUACAUUUAGUAACAGUUUUCAGGAGAUAAUUUUGUGUUGGAUUGCCACUUUUACGUUCAGUUCCUAGGAACGGGGAACGCGAGUCAGUUCUGUACCUAGAAGCCGGACUGGAAACGGGAAAUUCUCUGGAUUUUUAACUGAAGGCUUCCGAAUUCGUCCAACGAAAGACAAUUUCCUAAAACUAAUGAUAUUUUAAGAAGUUUGACCAAAGAUAAUCUGGUACGAGGAAUCUGAAACUGCAACUGAUUUUUCAAAAUUUUGAGUAUGAUUUUUCUUCUGAAGGAAAGGCUAUUUUCUAAAAAUGACAAUAUUUUCUGAAACUUCACCAAAUAUCCUCAGGAUGAAGGAACCCAAAUCGGUAAUCUAUUUUUCAAAAUUUCGAGGUUAAUUUUUUCCGUCCAGGGGAUGCUAUUUUCCAUAAAUAACAAUUUUUUUCAUAAAAAUUGACCGAAGGAAAUCGGGAUCAAGCAUCUGAAUCUGCAAUCAGUUUUUCAACUUUUUUAGUUUGUUAUUUUACGUUAGAAAAGAGUAUUUUUGAAAAGUAGCAAUUUAUUGUAAAAGUUUGACGAAAGGUAGUUGAAGUCGAGGAAUUUGAAUCUAUAAUUGGUCUCUCACAAUUCUCAGCUUGUAUAUUCUACUGAGGCUUUUUUAGCAGAAAACAAUCUAUUUUUGCAAAAAGUUCUUUUGCUUUGAAACUGACUUAAUUUGACUAAAAAUAUAUUUGUAGUUAAAAAGCUAAAUUUGAAAUUUAGUGAAAACCAAUGGCAGAUUCGGAUUCUUCGAUCUCGAUUACAUUCGGUCAAAGUUUGUAAAAAAAGUCAUUAUGUUUAAAGAAUAGCCUUCCCUUGAAAAGAAAUAUCAAACCCAAAAUUUCGAGAAGCUGACUUCAGACUCAUAUUCCUCGACCUCACAAUCACUUUUAGUCAAACUUUAUAGAAAAAUCAUUAUUUUAAAAAAAUAGUGAAGUCUCAAGGAAUACAGAGAAUUAUAAUGGACGUACAAGGAAGUACCAUGGAAAUAUGAAGAAGUAUAAUGGAAAUACGAGGAAGUAUCGUGGAAGUAUAUGGAAGUAUUAUGGAAGUAUGAGGAAGUACGAUGGAAGUACGAGGAACUAUCAUCGAAGUACGCACUUCUGAAGUAUUGCUCCUCCCUCAUUGACUUCACUUCAUAGUGUUCCACAUUUUAUAUCCUGUAGAAGUUUAUAGAAACGCCCUUCCAGCUAUGGGCAUAUGCAUCUUGUAGUUAUCGCUCGGAUUAAUUUUUCAUUCAUAUUACCUAAGCAAUUCUAUGGUAUCUUGUAUACUUUUGAUAAUUUACAGUAUAACGAAACAUAAUGGAUACUCUCUGUGUAAGACUCUUUAGAAUGCUCUUAUCUGUAACCACAUGAAUUUUUAUUUUGUUGAAGAUUUUUGUCUUGUACUAAUAACAUAGGGAGAUAGUGAGCAUUUUUUGAGCCGAACAUUCAUAAAAAAUGCAUAAUAAACAACAGGAGAUACUCCAGAAUUAAUUUCUAGAAUUUUCAUUACCAUUUGUCAGUAGCUGUAGAGAGUUCUCACCAUCAUAUUCUACUAGUAUUUUCCUUUUCUAUGUUCUAUCGGUCAUUAAUUAAUCCUGGGAGUAUGAUGCUAUAUCGCAUUGCAAUUCGAGACAUUGAUUUUAUUUUGAUCGAAAACUCAUUGUAAGGCAUUCCCAUUAGAUAGUUAAAACUAAAAACGAAAUUCAGACAAUUCUCUUCCACAUUCAUGCAUGUACAGUUACGUAUAUCAAUUUCUUCGAAUAUUGCAGGAGCUAGUGGAUACAUUUUUCCAAAUCCUUUUCGAAGUAAUAAGAUGUCAAAAGUAACAUUCUUCAGUCUGUGUAAAGCGGUGAAAUCAAGGGAAGAGAGUUUGUGUAAUUGUACUUGCUGUCAUCUAUGUUCGGUACUUUCAUUGCUGUGGUUAUUUUCAUCUUAAUUUGUGUUCCCUUUAUUGUUUAUAUGCUUUUCCAGCUUAUUUUUUUCUUUGUAUUAUUUUUCUCGGUUGUGUUAGCUAUUACAUACAUUUCUUUUUACUGUCAUACUUAUUGAAUGCUCCCCCUUUUCGUUUAUAAAGGACAUCGCCCGAUAAAAUCAUAAAUCUGUCU